AUGGCGUCAAAGCCUGAAGAGGAUUACUGCUGUCCUGUGUGCUGUGACAUCUACAAGGAUCCUGUACUCCUGUCGUGUAGUCACAGUGUGUGUAAAGCCUGUCUGCAGAAGUUCUGGAAAAUCAAAGGAUCUAGAGAAUGUCCAGUCUGCAGGAGGAAAUCCUCUAGGGAUUUACUGCCGCCAAAUCUGGCUCUAAGGAAUCUUUGUGAGGCGUUCUUACAGGAGAGAAGUCAGAGAGCUUCAGCAGGGUCUGAGGUGCUCUGCAGUCUGCACAGUGAGAAACUCAAGCUCUUCUGUCUGGAGGAUAAACAGCCUGUGUGUGUGGUGUGCCAGACAUCAAAGAGGCAUAUCAAUCACACCUUCAGGCCCAUAGAUGAAGCAGCACAGGACCGUAAGGAGGAGCUCAAGAUCAAACUGCAGCCUUUACAGACAAAACUGAAGACCUUUGAAAAAGUUAAAGUCAUGUGUGACCAAACAGCAGCACAUAUUAAGACACAAGCCCAACGCACAGAGAGGCAGAUCAAACAGGAGUUUGAAAAACUUCACCAGUUUCUACAUAAUGAAGAGACAGCCAGGAUAGCUGCAGUGAAGAAGGAAGAGAAGCAGAAGAGUCAGAUGAUGAAGGAGAAGAUUGGGAAGAUGAGCAGAGAGAUCUCAUCUCUUUCAGACACCAUCAGAGCCAUAGAGAAGGAGAUGGGAGCUGAUGACAUCACAUUCCUGCAGAACUACAAGAGCACAGUGGAAAGAGCCCAGUGCACACUGCAGGAUCCAGAGAGGGUUUCAGGAGCUCUGAUCAAUGUGGCAAAGCACCUGGGCAACCUGAAGUUCAGAGUCUGGGAGAAGAUGCAGGAGACUGUUCAGCACACUCCUGUGACUCUGGAUCCCAACACUGCACACCCAGAACUCAUCCUGUCUGAGGAUCUGACCAGUGUGAGACUUGGUGAUGAGGAGCAGCAGCUUCCUGAUAGCCCUGAUCGAUUUGAUGAGUGGUACAGUGUCCUGGGCUCUGAGGGCUUUAACUCAGGGACUCACUGCUGGGAUGUGGAGGUUGGAGAGAACACAGAUUGGGAGGUGGGUGUGAUGACAGAGUCUCUCCAGAGGAAGGGACGCAUAUACUCCAAGAGUGGACUGUGGUGUGUGUGGUAUUAUGAUGAUGCAUAUGGAGCACGUGCUACUCCUCAUGACCCCACUCUCCUCACAGUGUAUCAGAAACUCCAGAGGAUCAGCGUGCAGCUGGAUUGGGACAGAGGAGAGCUGUCAUUCUCUGACCCUGAUAAUAACACACACCUACACACUUUCACACACACGUUCACUGAGAGAGUGUUUCCAUACUUUUGGACUGGCAGCAAUGUCCCUCUGCGGAUGUUACCAGUGAAGGCCUCAGUAAGAGUAGAGCAGCACAGAUCUGUUUCGACCUCACUCUGACCGUCACUACGGUCUAAAAAGGAAUGAUCACCUUCGUUCUGCCUAUCACCGAGACCAUAUGUCAAAAUAGUCAUGUCCAUGACCUCCGGAAGCAGAACGACUUGCGUUAAUAAAUAGCAGAGAAUGCUCCCGGGUCUGUCUCCUAUCCCUGAACGCCUCAGAAUGGUCCGAGCGAAAAGGAUAGUGACGGUCAUCCCUCGGUCUCACAGAUCCAUAGUUACAUUCGUAACCUACGUUAGAGCCGAUGCUGACUCUGAACCAGGGAUGACAUACUGAGAGGGAAACCUAUAGGAGAGGAGACUAUGAAGAAGCAAAGCCAUUUAAUAAACAGUAAAAAUAUGUCUCAUUGUGUGGAUAUAAAUGUUAAAGGUAUGCUAAUACCCACCUCAUUUAACUUGCUAUAUAGGUACUGCACU